CACUUGCCUCGUCGGCCAUUCGCUAACUACACACCAAAACCCUCUCGUUCUCAACUCAUCCUCUCAGAUCCCCAUCCCUAUACUUCCUACCGAUUCUCUCUCUCUCGCUCGAGCUCCGAUCAUCUGCUUCGAUGGCCGCCGUGCUCGAGUCCCUUGCCGUCCCACGCGCCUCAGCUCUGUUAUCCCCGACUCACUCUCCGAUCGCGGCGUCCUCGGCCUCUUCGCUCUCCGCUCGUAGAUUGCCCCGCUUCAGAGGCCUCAGGGCCGGACCGAGUUCCGCCUCUCGCUCUUUUGGCUCGGUGAGUUUAAUCUCGCGACGAGCGAGUCGCCGUGGAUUAGUCGUGUGCGAGGCUCAGGACACCGCCGUUGAAGUGUCUGCUGUUACGGAUACAAAUUGGCAGUCACUUGUUCUUGAAUCUGAAUCCACUGUCCUGGUUGAGUUCUGGGCCCCUUGGUGUGGGCCAUGCCGUAUGAUCCAUCCUAUCAUUGAUGAACUGGCAAAACAAUAUGUUGGGAAGCUCAAAUGCUACAAAGUUAAUACUGAUGAGAGCCCUUCAAUCGCAACCCGUUAUGGGAUUAGAAGCAUCCCAACUGUCAUAAUCUUCAAGAGUGGUGAAAAAAAAGAUGCAGUUAUAGGUGCUGUUCCCAAAUCCACAUUGACUACCAGCAUAGAGAAAUUCUUGUGAAGGUGGUAAGUAAAAAUGCCUUCACUGGAUUUAAGCUGUUUUCUAGUAUUUGUUUCUUUUCUUCUUAGCUUUUGAUGUCUCAAGUUUGGAUACCUUUGCUCCCAUAAUAAACUCAUAUUUGAUCUACUGUAUAGUUGUCGGAUGCAGCUGUAUUUUGUUAACCCUCAGAAAAUGUACUUAUAGUUACACACGAUAUUUGGAUA